AUGAGGUCGGUUGAAUUACUGGGGCUCCUCUGCUGCUCCUCCUUGUUCAUGGUCGGUGGGAGUAACUCGGUUAGCAACGACGCCUGGCAACGUCCUGGUUGCCAUAAGGUUGGAAAUACUCGAAAAAUACUUAUCCCGGAUUGCGUGGAGUUUAUUAUAACGACAAAUGCGUGCCGUGGAUAUUGCGAAUCCUACUCGGUACCCUCCGUUUCCUGGACUGGAUCUUCGAUGGCUGCUUUAUUCAAGUCACCCAAGCCAGUUGUGAGUGUUGGCCAAUGCUGCAAUAUGAUGAAGUCAGAGGAGAUACAACGCCGGGUAUUAUGUAUUGAAGGAAUUCGAAAUGUAACAUUUAAAAGUGCAGUGUCAUGCAGCUGCUAUCACUGUAAAAAGGAUUAAGUGCAAGUAGGAAGAGCCUGAGCCACUAUUUGAUACGAUUUAGUACGAAAAUUUCUAACUCCUAUUAAAAUAUUAUGUUGCCCAUAAUUCUAGUCUUUUUUGACAAAUCUCUUCAAAUUCCAAACGAUGCAUUACUCUCAAAUAAUAUUAUUUAUUAAUAGUUUGCAUAUUUGAAAAGAAUUUAUCGUUCACUACACCAUAAAAAACGAAAGGUCUAAUUUUCCUAACAUUUUUCCCACAGUAGUCUCAUUUUCAAGUUGGUUAGAAACUUUAAAUUAUUGUAGAUAAUUAAUUAAAUAAUGUAAAUGCUGCAAAAUGAAAUUUAAAAAAAAACACAAAACUUAAACUUUGACAAAGAAAUAAAGAAACAAAUAAAAAUUAAA